UACUCUGAUAUUCCUUAUAACUAUAGUUCAGUUCUAAUAACUAUAGUUUAGAUAUUCCUUAUGCUGUUAUACACACCCCUAACCAUUAAACCUGCUUUCACAAACAGGUACUGUCUGUACAACUACCUGCUUCUUUCUGCUCUUCAGGUUCAAGUCAGUCUCCCAAUUAAUUAAACCAUUUUUGUUGACAUUUUGUCAUUAUUUGCUUCAUCUUACGCGGAAAAAAUGAAGAACUUUUUCUAUCAUCUUAUGCUGAAAAAAUAAACAACUUUUUCUAUGGUCACUCUUCAUAAACAAGGACGAAGAUGAUGACUGGUACUAGGAAGUUACUGUCCCCAACCCAUUUCCGGCCCAUCCCCACCAUUGUCCAUAACUCUCUUGCUGAUGACACCCAAUUGAAUUCUCUUGCACCGUUUUGCCCCAAAGACAUUUCCGGUUUAGCCACUGAUCUCAUCAAAUCAUAUUUUGAUAAGGGGUCCAUUGAUGAAGCACGCAUGCUGUUUGAUGAAAUGUCACAUAGAGAUGUUGUUACUUGGACUGCUAUGAUUACUGGCUACAAUUCUUGCAACCACCAUGGUCGUGCGUGGAGCGUGUUCUGUGAGAUGUUGAGAUACGGGACGCGGUCUAACGAGUUCACCUUGUCUGCAGUUUUGAAGACAUGUAAGGGGCUGAGUACACUUUUGUGUGGGAAGUUGGUUCAUGGGUUGGCUAUAAAGAAUGGUACUCAAGGGUCAUCCAUAUAUGUUGAUAAUGCGCUAAUGGAUGUGUAUGCCACUUGCUGUAGUAGCAUGGACAGUGCAAGAAUGGUUUUUGAGAGUAUCCUUAACAAGAAUGCUGUCUCAUGGACAACUUUGAUAACUGGAUAUACUCAUAGAGGAGAUGCCUAUGGUGGCCUUCGAGCUUUCCGCCAAAUGCUUCUGGAGGAAGGAGAGCUGUGCCCCUUCAGCUUUUCAAUUGCUAUUAGAGCUUGUGCAUCUACUGGCUUGGUUAAUUUGGGCAAGCAGGUACAUGCUGCAGUGAUUAAUCAUGGAUUUGAGUCCAAUCUUCCUGUCAUGAAUUCUAUACUGGACAUGUAUUUCAAGUCUUGUUCAGCAUGCGAGGCAAAGCAAUUAUUCUUUGAAAUGAGUCAGAAAGAUACUAUCACAUGGAAUACCUUGAUAGCUGGUUUUGAGACAUUGGAUCCUAAACAAUCAUUCUGCAUCUUUUCUCAAAUGGUAUCUGAAGGUUUUAGUCCAAAUUGCUUCACAUUCACCAGUGUGGUAGCUGCAUGUGGUAAGUUAGCGUUUCUGUAUUGUGGGCAGCAGCUUCAUGGGGGAAUUUUUCGUAGAGGCUUCAAUAACAACUUGGUAUUAUCCAAUGCCCUUAUUGACAUGUAUGGAAAGUGUGGAAACAUAACAGAUUCACAUAAAAUAUUUAGCCAAAUGCCAUGCAAAAAUGUGGUCUCCUGGACUUCCAUGAUGAUUGGAUACCGGGAUCAUGGGCAUGGAAAAGAAGCUACUAAAUUAUUCAAUGAGAUGGUCAGAUCAGGUAUCAAACCUAAUAGGAUAGUGUUCAUGGCAGUUCUGAGUGCUUGUAGCCAUGCCGGACUAGUGGAUGAAGGCCUGAGAUAUUUUAGACUAUUGACAAGAUUUUAUAAUGUUGCACCCGAUCAAGAGAUAUAUGGAUGUGUAGUCGAUCUGCUUGGGCGUGCUGGUAGAGUAAAGGAAGCUUAUCAACUAAUAGAGAAUAUGCCUUUUAAGCCGGAUGAAUCUAUAUGGGUUGUCCUUCUUGGGGCUUGUAAAGCUCAUAAACAACGAAGUAUAGGCAAACUGGCAGCUUCAAGGGUGUUGGAAAUGAAGCCAAAUAGUGCAGGAACUUAUGUGCUUUUAUCAAAUUUUUUUGCUGCUGAAGGUAACUGGACUGGUGUUUCCUGCUUAAGGAAGCUUAUGAGAGGUAUUAAAAAUAAGAAAGAGGCAGGGAUGAGCUGGAUUGAAUUGAAAAACCAGGUUUAGAGUUUUGUUGUUGGAGGUGAAUUUAUUUCUUCAAAUGAGCAGAUUGUUGAAGUUUUGGAAGUAUUGAUUACGCAUAUGAAAGAUUUUGGAUAUACACUUGACUUAGAUUGCUUUGUACAUGACCAAGAAAAUGAGGUUUGAACACAAGCCAUAUGGUUAAUAUGUCAUUGCCGAAUGCUCAGCUGUUCAUAGCAGCUCAUUUGGUUCAAUUCUUGCUAUCUCAUUCAAGCUUACUACAAUACUUAUAAAUUGGAGAUACAUAGGUUCAUGCUUUUUAAUAGACGGUAAGAAUGGUAACAAAACAAUAAUUCUUUAACCAUUAAGAGGAAUAAUAAACGGUGAAGUGAAUAUUGUAGAGUUUUAUACAUUUUAUUCAUACCCUGACCCAACGAUAAGGCCCAAGUCCCAACAAAAGGCCCAAUCCAAAAAGGUUGAGCUUCGCCUUGUACCGACUUCCUCCCUAUAAAGUCGGUCCCUAUCACGACUAACCCUAAAGAAGUCGGGGACAAAGAUUAGCUGGCAGAUAAUCACUCAUUCAAAUGAGUAACUGUCCCUAAAAUCUCUCUACCCACUUCUAGGAGCCAUAUCUCAACCUCCCUAAGAUAAAGGAAUAGUUAUCCACCUUAAAAGGCAGAACUACUUCAGCGGUGGUUAUUGGUUCACCAUUAUAAAUACACUGACAUUCCUCAGGUAUCUCUAAGCCCAAUACUCUCUAGACCUGUUUACACCAUUGCUGACUUAGGCAUCAGAGUGUCUUUGCAGGUACCACCCCCAUUCUCUCUCACACAAGUCGGAAGGAGGCUCCCAGACGUAAACAAAGCCGGAGACCACACUCCUCCAACGCUUGGGCCUCACAAAUAAGCCCAAUCACCGUCCGGUUCUAGGUAAGCCCCGGAACAUUAGCGCCGUUGCCGGGGAACCGAGAGAUCAACUAGUAAUGGCGGACAAAUCCCCCGAAGAGGGUCAUGUGGAAUCGGAUUCUGAACAAGAGAAUCUGGAUACCGGAAACAAUGACGCAGAUUUGACCCUUCACCAGGAAACCAACGAUCAGCACAGAGAAGGUACCUCCGGAGUAAAAAAUCUGAAGGCGAAUUCU